AUGGGGCCGCGGAGACAAGAUCCUAACAGGACGGACAAUUGUCCGUACUGCACACUCAAAAUGUACUGUAAACAACACAAGACUUUCCUGCAACCGCAGAAUUUCAACCCGGACGCGCCUCAACCAAAAGAUUCUGCUGGGACUAUUUCGCGAAUGUACGACCAGAUCAUCAGCAGCAAACUAACAAAGUUCCGCGAGCGCUUCAGCGCCGCCCUUGAGAAACACUCGGAAACAAUGUGGGGCCCGGAUCCUCUUCAGCAGCUGAAGGCCAUGCAGACAACUCCCCCCGAGGUGAAGAAGCCCAAGAAGGCUAAGAAAGAGAGGAAAAAGAAGAAAGAUAGCAAGAAGAAAAAGAAGAAAGACAAGAAGAAGAGGAAGUCGAAAAAGAGCUCGAAGUGCAAGUCUAGAUCAAGUAGCAGCGACAGUAGCGACGACAGUGAUUCUUCUUCAAGUGACUCGUCGUCAUCAUCUGAUUCGGAAGUCGAAAGGUACUUGCUCGUGGAAGGGAAAGUGGGCAGUGGGCCUCCCAGCUCUCAUGGUCAUACCGGGAGCGUGGGUGCGGUGAUUAGCUAA